AUGCAAAGAGAAACUAGCAAUGGUGUAGCAGCAGCAGCGGCAGCCGCAUCGCGAGUCCAUCCGGCAUGCGCUGCAUGCAAGCAUCAACGGAAAAAAUGCGAUGAGAAUUGCAUUUUGGCGCCUUAUUUCCCGGCCGAUAAGUGCCGAGAAUUCCAAGCCGUGCACAAGGUUUUCGGUGUUAGCAACGCGACCAAGAUAGUCCGUAAUGCCAACAGCGACGAAGACCGGAAAAAGGUGGCGGAUUCGCUGAUAUGGGAAGCCUUUUGUUGGCAAAAGGAUCCGGUGUUAGGACCAUAUGGUGAUUAUAGGAAAAUAUAUGAAGAGCUGAGCUUGUAUAAAAAGCAAAGCCAAAUGAUGCUUCUACAAGAUCAUGACCAUCAGCCUACUCAUCCUGUGUUCAAAAUGGGACCUGCUCAUGCCGUCACGCCGACGAAGCGGUUAAUCGAUGUUAAAGGAGCCAUUAGCGACGCUACAUUACGAUGCUAUAAUCCCGAUGUGGAUGGGAAUUCUCUCGUCGGCUUCAGCGGAUAUCCAUAUCCUCCCCAAUCGGAGAAACCGGUGCAAGAAAAAGCCAUCCACAAUGCUACUACUAUUGUUCCACUUCAAUACUACGCUUCUGCAGAUGUAGGUUUUAUGAAUGGGAAGACAUUGGAAAGUACAAGAUGGGACAACAUUCUAUAGUUCUUAAGUCCGACACGUGUUGCAAUAUUAUUUCAAGUUGUUAUUUAUCUUCAUUGCAGUAUUUUUAUGUCCAUUAUUCUUUUUUAUAUUUAUUAUAUCGACAAGUUGUUGUACUAAAACAAAACAGAUAUUUAUAAUCUGGUCAUUAUUUUUUA